AUGGACGAUGCCGAGCUAGAUCUCAUGAAUACCGAGCAGGAUGACCCUCUUCUGCAGACGGACGAGGAGGAGGUCGUCGAGUCCAUGUCGGAUUCCGGGGAACCCGUCACCGUGAGAAGGAAGAUAAACCAGACUAAAUUCAUCGUCAUAUGCAUUGCCGUGCUGUUUGUGCUUGAUUUUGCGGCAUUCUUCGAUCUCAUACCGCAGACUCGCAUCUUUGAACUGAUUGUCUGCCGGAAUUAUUUUGAUAUUCACCAUCCAGACCGGUUCCCAUAUCCUCAGGACAUACCAGAGUCGGAAUGCAAGACAAACGCCGUACAGAGUCAGGUAGCUUAUAUACAAGCUAUAGGCGCUAGCUUUGAUGCACUUCCAAGUACGAAGGCUGCUCCAAUUUUCAUUUACUUCAGAACAACAGCUGAUAUGUAG